CGGAAGUGCCGCUCCGGCCGCUCCUCUAUGGUUCGUUCCUCCCCCUCCGGGCGGCGCUUUCACAUGACCGAAACCCACGCGGGAUCACGUGAUCGGAACGGCGCGUGACGUCACUGUUUGCGGAAGUGCCGGUGCGGAGCCGGGUGUCCCCAUGGAGCUGCUGUUCGGGCGGCGCCGCACGCCGGAGGAGCUGCUCCGGCAGAACCAGCGCGCUCUCGCCCGCGCCGUGCGCGAACUGGACCGGGAGCGGCAGAAACUGGAGCAGCAGGAGAAGAAAAUCAUCGUGGACAUCAAGAAAAUGGCCAAGCAGGGCCAGAUGGACGCCGUGCGGGUCAUGGCCAAGGACCUGGUCCGCACGCGGCGCUACGUGCGCAAGUUCAUCGCCAUGAGAGCCAACGUGCAGGGGGUGGCCCUGAGGGUGCAGACCCUGAAAUCCAACAGCGCCAUGGCCAGCGCCAUGAGGGGGGUGACACGGGCCAUGGCCACCAUGAACCGACAGCUGAAGCUGCCGCAGAUCCAGCGCAUCCUGCUCGAGUUCCAGAAACAGUCUGAGCUCAUGGACAUGAAGGAGGAGCUGAUGAACGACGCCAUCGACGACGCGCUGGGGGACGAGGACGACGAGGACGAGAGUGACGCCGUGGUGUCCCAGGUGCUGGACGAGCUGGGGCUGAACCUGACGGACGAGCUGGCCACGCUGCCCAACCCGGGGGGGUCCCUGGCAGCAGGGGAGGGCCGUGGGGGCGCCGAGGCUGCGGCCGCGCUCGCCGACGCCGACGCCGACCUGGAGGAGCGGCUCAAGAACCUGCGCCGGGACUGAGACUCCAGCCUGGGAUCCCCCUUCGCUUGGGAAUUUGUUGGGAAUUUGUUGGGAUUUUUUGGGAAUUUUUUUGGGAAUUUUUCCCCCUUUUUUUGCGAUUUUUUGGAGAUUUUUUGGGGGGUUUUUGGCCAUCUCGGAAGGGGGGACCGUUAAUGCCCCUUUAAUCCAAUUUUGGGGGGAUUUUCCAUUUUCUGCCCCAUUCAAAGUCUGACCACCUUAAUUUGGCAGUUUCCCCCCUUUUUGGGAUUUUUUGGGGGAUUUUUUGGGAAAUUUUUUGGCCAUCCCGGAGGGAAAUUUUCCCCCCUUUAUUCCAAUUUUUUGGGGGGUUUUCCAAUCUCUGCCCCACUCAAAAUCUGAUCUCUUUAAUUUGGGAUUUCCACCUAUUUUAGGAUUUUUUUGGGAAUGUUUUGGGAUUUUUUGGGGGAUUUUUCUGGGAUUUUUUUGGGAAUUUUGGGGGAUUUUUAAUGGAUUUUUUCCCUUUUGGGAUUUUUCCCCCCUUUAUUUAAAUUUCCCUCCCUUUAUUUAAAUUCUCUCUCUUUAUUUGGGGUUUUUCUCUUUUAUUUAGUAUGUUUUUUUCUGGGGGAUUUUUGGCCAUUUCCCCUCUUAUUCCAAUUUUUGGGUGCUUUAUGGAAUCUGAUCCCCCCCCAAGUGGAAUCUUCCCCUUUUUUUUGGGAUCUUCCCCAUUUUUUUGGGGAUUUCCCUCCUUUAUUUGGGAUUUCCCCCCUUUAUUUGGGAUUUUCCCCCUUUAUUUCAAAUUUUCCCCCUUUUUUGGGGAUUUCUUCCCUCUUUUUUUUGGGAUUUUCAGGGCUUUUUUGGGAUUUUCGAUCCCCCUGGGGCCUUUCCCCCCUUUUUUUGGGACUCUGACACUACUUUUGGGUUAAUUCCCCCCUUUUUGGGGUCUUUCUCCCAUUUUGGAUUUUUCCCCCAUUUUUGGGGUUUCCCCCUCCCCCAAUAAAAUUUCCUUGGACCUGCA